UUUACAUCUGAAUUCUUAAAUGAUUACAAAUGCUCUGGAAUUCCAAACCAUCAAAUUAAACUGAAACUCGGUGUCCCUAUCAUGCUCAUUCGAAACAUUGACCAAGCUGCAGGGUUGUGUAAUGGCACUCGAAUGAUAGUCAACGCUUUGACUAAGUAUAUAAUUGUUGCUACUGUUCUAAACGGAAACACGAUGGGGGAAACAACCUUUAUUCCAAGGAUGAGCUUAACUCCAUCUAAUUCUGACAUUCCAUUCAAAUUCCAGCGCAGACAAUUCCCUGUUAUCCUAUGUUUUGCAAUGACUAUAAAUAAAAGUCAGGGACAAUCUUUAUCUCAUGUUGGACUGUAUUUGCCAAGGCCUAUCGUUACUCAUGGACAAUUAUAUGUUGCACUAUCAAGAGUUAAAUCUAGAAAAGGUUUGAAGAUACUAAUCCUAGACGAUCAAGGAGUAGUUUCUAACACUACCCGCAACGUUGUCUAUCAAGAAGUCUUUGAAAAUAUUUGA